AUGCAAGGAAACUACAGGAAGAUCCAACCGGCUCCGAGAGACGACGCCGAAGAUGAGAUCGACCGCAAGUUCCGGGUGACUAAACGGAAGCGCCAGCAUGUCAGGAUAGCCUGUAAUCCCUGUCGAGAGAAGAAACGCGCCUGCAAUGGUAUAGAACCGACCUGUGAUCAGUGUCAAACACGCACUUUGGCGUGUAUCUAUCGAAUACCCCCCAAAACAGUUGAUUCAACCAUUAAAAUUCAAAAACAACUUGAUACGCUACAGCACAGCUUUAGUCAUUACGCGGAUAUAUUAGAGCAGCUAAAAACGUUACCGGAAUCAGAUGCGCUCAAGCUUUUGCAGAGACUCAGAUCGCCGGCGGAUGUGAAUGGGGCUUUUUCGUCGUUGCAGGGGAGUAUACAUACCAGGAUGCGACUGUCGAAUCACAGGACAUCUCAGGCUAUAUUGCCGACUACGAAUUCAAGGGUUGAGUUUGAACUCACGGCGCUUCAUGGGAUUGUUUAUCCGACUUUGGUGCCAAUUGAUAUUACAUCGCUGGGUAUUUCGCCGUUGGAAAAACCGGCGCUUCCUGCGUCGCAGACGGCGAAUUCUGGGACUUCGGUGCAGAGAUUGCCGUCGACACCUAUUGUGCUUUCGUCGGAUCGGUUUCGUCCACUUUGCGAUAGUCGGCUGGAAGAAAUUGAUAUUUCGUAUUGGACAAAGGUUCCGAUCAGCAAUGACUCUGCAGCAGCGAUGAUCUCGCUAUUUCUGGAAACGGACCAGACGAUCGUUGGGUUCAUCGACGCUGACUUAUUCGUCGAGAGUCUUGUGGAGCGAAAACCUCAGUUCUGCUCUACGUUUCUCGUCAGCGCGGUAUUAUACGUUGCUUGCCAUGCGUACACGGCUUCAGAUUUGAAAUCUGUAGCCCUCGGCGGCCUUUUCUUCAGAGAAGCUGAAAGGCUCUUCCGUGCUGAAGGGUCAUCCGACGACCUCGUCACGCUGGCGGCUAUCAACAUCUUCAGCCUCGCCUGUUUCUUCCACGGAAAUGACAAGCUAGCUAAAGAACUCCUUGGUGCUGGCCGCCACAUGGGGAGGAGAUUGGGCUUAUACGGUGUACCGCUUGAUAGUCCGUCAUCGCUGGCGUUCCAGGAAUUACCGGAUGACGUGAUCCGUAUGACUGCGCAUGUUGCCUGGAGCACUUACAACUGGUUAACGAUCCAUGUUUUGUACUACCACGAUGAGAGUGUAGCAAUACCGCCUGCCCUACCCAUACCUGGAGAUGGGCGACAUGACGACCUAUGGCCUGAACAUCCGCUCCCAGAAUACAUGGGCUCUUCAUUCACGAAGUUGUGCGAGUUCUUCACUGUUAUCCAAGAGGUUGCAGUAGUUUACUCUGUAGCGGACGGUACACCAAUUGUUGAUCGCGUUCCCAUCGCUUUUGCAGAAGCAAAGUAUCAGAAGAUUCUAGCCUGGGCGGAUUCUCUUGGUAAAAACAUGGCAUGGGACCAAAACAGCCAAGAGCAUGUCAUGCUUUUCCAUAUGUGGUUCCACUGUGCAGUUCUCGACAUCUUCCGCCCCUUCGCCCAAGGCCACCAAAGCUACAAACUACAAUCCUUCUCCUCCCCCGACAGCACCCCCAAAACAAUCUUCUCCGCCUCCCUAAACCAACUAAAACGCCUCGCCCUCCUCUACCGAACCCAGCAAAUGCCCAACAGCUACAUGCCCUACAUAAACAUAUCCCUAAUCCACAUCGCCAACACAAUCUGCAAAGAAACCAACGAUCCCACUUCAAAAUUCUACUUUCUCCUCUGCACCCGCUACUGGCAGCAUUUGUACAUUGGAUAUCCGAUAUUUGGAGAAAUAGCACAGGCGUUUUUGACGAUGGCGAUAAACAAUGGGCUUUUGACGAAUCGUGAGGCAAAGAGGCUUAUGGCGGAGGUUAAAGGGCAGGGGAGACAUCAUGAGUUGUCGCAUGAGGGGAUCUCGACGAGUUUGAUUGUGGAUUUUGAUUUGGCGAUGACGAACAGGGGGGAGGCGGAUGUUCAAGCUGUUGCGCAGAAGUUUGAGGAGGUGGCGCUGUUUGAUGAGUUUGCGGUGUAUAAGAAGGAGGAUUAG